AUGAACUGACCAGCAAUGGAGGUGUUCCACUACAAAGAUAAAAAGCAGUCAUCCAACCUCCUCCUCCAGCUCAAUAGCCUCAGACAUGAGAAAAUUCUCACAGAUGUUUUACUGUGUUCCGACAACACAGAGAUCCCCUGCCACCGCAAUGUCCUGGUCUCCAGCAGUCCCUACUUCAGAGCCAUGUUCUGUAACAACUUCAUAGAGAGGCGGCAGACCAGGAUAAAGCUGCAGGGCCUAACGUCAGCCAUCUUGAACACUAUCAUUGACUAUGUUUACACCGGCCUGGCUCAUAUCAGCAUGGAUAAUGUACUGCCUCUCAUGCAGGCCACAUCUAUGCUGCAGUAUGUUCGUCUUUUCAAGGCCUGCUCCAGUUUUCUUCAGAAUCAGCUGAGCCCUGAUGACUGCUUAAGCCUGAUAAGGCUUUCGGAGAUCAUGAACUGUAACACUCUGAGAGAAAAGGCAAAGGAUAUGGCUAUGAAGAGCUUCAGUGAUGUGUUUCAUUCGUAGGAUCUGUGUGAGCUGUCCUUACCGGAGCUGAUGGGCUACCUGGAGGAUGAUCGUCUCUGUGCAGAGGAGGAACAAGUCUUUGAUACGCUUGUUGCUUGGAUCCACCAUGACCCCUUAACGAGAUGCGGUGCCAUCAAUGCACUUUUCAAGAAAGUGCGCCUUCGCCAUGUUCACCCCACCUACCUGUUCCAAUUCAUCGCUAACGACCCUCUGAUCCAGUCAUCCGCCCUCUGCAUCAAGCUCAUUGAAUCAGUGCGACGUCUCAUGUUUUCUGUCAGCAUCAAAUAUUUGGGGGGUUUGACAGGUGACUUCGAAUCUGUGUGGGUUGCACCGAGGCGCGGCACCAACCAUGAACUGGUGGUGGUAGGAGGAAGGAAGAACAAUGACCAAAGCUCAAGAGAAGCUUUGGUGUUUGAUGAGAAGAGCCAGGAGUGGAAGCGUCUGGCCAAACUUCCUAUCAGACUUUACAAAGCUUCCUAUGCAGCCCUUCACAGUGUGGUGUAUGUUACUGGAGGUCUGAAUACCAAUGCCAAAUACUGCAAAGUCUGCACAACUCUCUACACCCUCUCACUCAAGACUAACGAGUGGCGGCUGGCCCAGCCCAUUCUGGAGCCUCGUUUUAGCCACCAGAGUGUCUCCUACCUACACUUUAUCUUUAUCCUGGGGGGGCUCGGGUUCGACAGGCACCUAACAGACAGCGUGGAAUGGUACAACAGCAUGUUCAACCAAUUGGAGUCUAUGGCCCCCAUGCCAGAAGCUGUUCUUCACCCUGCUGUGGCUGCCACCAACCAGAGGAUCUACAUGUUUGGAGGAGAAGAUGCCAUACAGAACCCAGUCCGACUUACUCAGGUGUACCAUAUCGCCAGGAAGUGGUGCAAGAUGGAGAACAGAACAGUGAGGAACGUGUCCGCUCCUGCUGUUGUGAUGGAUGAAAAAAUCUACAUAGUCGGAGGAUACACCAGAAGGAUGAUUGCAUAUGACACGAAUGCCAACCGCUUCGUCAAGUGUGCCAACUUGAAAGAGAGGUGCAUGCAUCAUUCAGCUACGGUGGUCAAUAACAAACUGUACAUCACCGGCGGACGGUACAUCAACAGCCAUGAUGUUAUUGAGGACUCUGACAAUUUUGAGUGCUACGGCCCAAAGACAGAUGCUUGGACAACCAAAGGGAUUCUGCCAUAUAAGCUCUUUGACCAUGGCUGUCUUACGCUGAUGUGUGUUUCACAGACAUGGCCUAACUUAUAGCUGAGAGAGGUAUUUUUAAUAUGUAUGAAGGCUAUCUUUCUGCAGAAAUAACUUACACCUUUUCAAAAUGAUAGAAAUUGUGUUUUGAAGCACGUCUACUUUUUUGUUCUUUAGAUGCAACAAUGAUGUACAUUUAAAAUAAUUUAUUUUGUGUAUUAAUUGAAUGCAUUGUACGUAUGCUUUUGAAUGGUGGUUAUAUCUACGUAUGUAUGUAUGUAUGUAUGUAAAUCUACAUAAGACACAAAGUGCAACCUGCUCCAGCUUCUGUCAUCACUCCCUGAUCCACACUCUUUAAAAGCACACAUCCAACACAUGAAUAUUAUAGUCAUUACACUUCAUAAAGGCAUGUUGUUAUCUUCACUUUUAUGAUAUGUUCUUAUGUUUUUAUACAGAACAGUCCUAUUGUUGUUUAUUAAAGCAUGUAAUAAAAGUUGUCUUUUGUGCCUGAUGAUACGAAACGAGAUUCUGAAAAUACAUUGUGGUCCUUCUUGAUCACCGUGGCAGACCGGAUAUCGAUUGCCCUUACUUCAUCCAUUGCAGAGGGAAACAAUUUCUGGCUUUUAUGAUUACAUUUUGGCCUUAGACAACCAGUCGGGCACUAAAAUUAAGAUGACGUGGAAAAAAGAUGGGGACGCAAACAGAUAAUGACUUGAGAGCGUGCCAAACAGGAUAUGAUUUCAUUUGAUUUAAUUUUGAUUGUGUGUUUAUACAUAGGUUUAGGCAUUUUGAACAUAUUUGUACACUUUCAGUUAACAAAUGCAUCACUGUGUUUUGCAUAUUAACAUGUUCCCAAACUUUGACUGUUUUGUAUAAUUUUUGUGGCAAUAAAAUCUUUUUUGGUGAAAAAAAACAAACAACAAAAAAAGAAA